AUGGGUUUAUUCUGGGAACAGAAUGUCUUUUCCGUGGGUGAACGUUCAUAUGGAGGAGAGGAGGUCAGUCAUGAUGGACACAUUAACAUACAAGACCUGACAAUCAAGAUUGAGGAAAAUGCAUCUCAAAUUCGUAUACGUUUUGUUAAAAAUAAGUAUCAUCUAAAGAUUCUCGACUAUCUGCUUAAAGAAAUCCCUGAUUAUCCAACCCCUGUUGAGUUUCACAUCUCUGUGACUCAUGUCACUGAAGAAAAUGCUCUUCAAGAAAUCUUGAAUUCAGAGGGAUUCAAGGCAAGAGAAUAUAAAGAUGAUACGUUCUCAUGGUGGAGCCUGAAGAUCAAUGAAGAGACUAUAAAGGAAGCUGAGCAGCGCUAUCUAGAGGAAACCUUCCCAGACAGAACCCAAGAGCAAAGAGAAAAGCAGGAGACAUUCCUGAAUAAAUUCACUACAUCACCUGCAUUCGACAUUCAGAAAUCACGCUAUGGUAACUUUCGGUUCACAUUUCCUCUGAAUGAACUGAUGGCAGCGUACAAGAAUCAGAUGUGUGGAGGGAAAGAUCCGGUUCUCAGGGCAUACAAGACCACAUUUUACAGACAAGAGAUUAUGUAUGUUGUUCUUAUUCACAGCCCAGAAGACAAUGAAAAGUUUAAGAAAUUCCCAGAGAUUGAAUCCAGUUUAUUAUUUGAUUAUAAUAAUGAUACAAUUAUCUGGAAAGCACAAGCAAUUUGUGACAACAUUAGGUAUCAGUUGUUACUGGAUCAAGAUAAUAAAAUAGCAGAGACUAAAGAUGUUAAGUGGAACCAGUACUAUGUGUGGGAUCAUGUUGGCUUGGCGUUUCACUUCAGCGGGGUUCUACAUUUCCCUAAAGAAAAGCUUAAACAGAGCAUCACCUGUUGUGAAAUAGACACAAUAAACCUUUCAGGAAGUUAUAGCUCGUCCCUUGAAGAAGCUGAAAAAAAAUGUCUCGUUUGAAGUUAAGCCAUGACAUAUCCAGUUUAUGAGCACUGGAUUAAUGAAAUAUACUGAAAAAUACAAAUAAUCAUGUUUGGAUAUGUUUCUAAAAAUACUUAUAAAACAGUUCUGGUUCUUCAUGCUGAUUGGUUGAAACACGUUCUAAGCCGUGAUAAAAUACCCCAGUAAAUCCACGGUUCAGACCACAUUACAUAAGUAUCACUGCGCCACUGUUGCUGCGUACUGAUUUAUGAAAAUAAACACCACAGUCUUUAAUCAUAUUUUUAAUUUGUCUACAAUUGCACGAUAAAUGGCGAUAUCCAGAUAAAUGACAAUAAUCUCGUCUAUAAAGAGAAAACGUUCCCUGAGGAGUUUCUACCUCAAAUUCAUAUUUCCACUAUCCACUGGGUUGCGAUCUUACCCAACUUAAACACUGACGCAUUCACUCAACACUGAAAACACCGUGUUUUGUUCAGGCUCGAUCUGAUCUUACAAAUGUUCUUCUCAAAAAUUGGUUAUCUCAGCGUUUAGCUGGAAUUUGAGAAGUGAAGAGAACCAACAAAGAACGUUUUUUUUUUUUUUUUUUAAAGCGGAGGGUCUUUUUUUAAAGCGGAGGGUCUGUUCUUUCAUUUGAUAUUUAAUGUUUAAUUAAAGAAGAUAAUUUUCUGUAAGGCAUUACACUAAAACUGGGUGGCAAUUUAAAAAAAACGCUGACGGGGAAAGGGUUAAGCAUGCUAUAUUUGAUCAUCACUUCAACAGUUGCACGAUAUAAAUGGUAACGUUAAUGUGUAAAUUAGAUAAACGUUGAUUUAUAUUUAUAUUUUCAUUGUGUCUUUGCUGACUCUGUGUUGGUUGGGAUCUACGCUCUGUUUCAGGCACACUUGAUUCUGAGGAACUACUUUGUUAGUGUAGUAACCCACUGCUUCUUGGGGCUUAUUGCUUUAUUUUAAAACCGUAUGUUAAGUAAGUUAACUCCUCAAACUUGUUACAAGCAUCUAUAAUAAUGCUGAAUUGCUUAAAUGUUGGUUUGUAUGAUUUAUAAUAUAACCAUUUGUUUUACUAAUAAAUGAGAAAUGUUAUUACUA